CUUCAGUUCUCUGUUUGUUCUGUUUUCCAAAAGUGGCGUAAAUUAUUGGGCCUUUCAACAGGCAUAAACAAAAACAUCGAUGGCAGCAUUACAAGCAUACAGGCACUUGCUGCGCGCGGCUCGGAUUGCUUUUGAAGGGGACACUAGAACGCUCGACGCUGCGAGGCAACAGAUACGACAAGGCUUCCGGGACAAGGCGUCCUUGCCGGCCUCGGAUCCGUCGGUUCGGCCGGCCAUCCAGCAUGCCGAGGAGGUGGCAAGUUUCCUCAAGACCAACCUUGUUCAGGGGAGGCGGGAUUCGCAGGAGGACAACACAUAUAAACUCCGCAUUCACAAGCACACCGAGCGCGGGGACAACAAUAGCAUUAAAUUGGGAAACAAGAACAUUAAAGAGGACGGGGUGAAAUGCUGCUCGGAAAGAUAGCGGGAGGCCGUUGGAACCGGAAUAGAUGCUGUCGAUUGGACGGACGACAAGCAAGACUCGUGAAAGAAGGCAUAUGGCAGUAUUCUGCCGUGUAAUAUAAGCCCGUCUAUGAUACCCUCCAUGUGACAACAGAACAUAAUGCCCAACAGCAAUGCAGCGGAGAUAUCCUGCGCCU